AUGAGUUCAACAAAUCAUUUUACAUAUUUAGUUUUAGGAGCAGGAUCAGGUGGUAUUGCAUCAGCAAGAAGAGCAGCAAAACAUUUAAAUGCUAAAGGUAAUGGAGAUCGUAUUGGUAUUGUAGAGGUAACAAGACCAGGUGGUACAUGUGUAAAUGUUGGUUGUGUACCAAAGAAAGUUAUGUGGAAUACAUCAUUCAUUAAAGAGAUGAUUAAUGCAGCACCAAGUUAUGGUUUUGAUUUUGGUGGUCAACAAGUUAAAUUCAAUUGGCCAACAAUUAAGAAAGCACGUGAUGAAUAUAUCAAACGUUUGAAUGGAAUUUAUGACUCAAAUCUCGCAAAAGAUAAUAUCGUUAGAAUCAAUGGUUAUGGUAGAUUUAGCGGACCAAAAGAGAUUCAAGUCAAUGGUGCCAACGGUGAAAAGUAUACAGCUGAUCAUAUUUUAAUUGCAGCUGGUGGUAGACCAACUGUACCAGAUGUACCAGGUAAAGAAUUGGGUAUUACAUCAGAUGGAUUCUUUGAGUUGGAAGAUUUACCAAAAUCAACAUUGGUAGUCGGUGCUGGAUAUAUCGCAGUGGAAUUGGCUGGUGUCUUACAUUCAUUAGGCUCCGAAACAACAAUGGUGAUCCGUCAAAAACAAUUCCUUCGUACUUUUGAUGAAAUGUUACACACUACCCUUUUGAAACAAAUGACUGACGAUGGUGUCAAAUUUGUAACUGAAGCAUCCAUUAAAUCAUUGGAAAGAGAUGUCGAUGGAAAGAGAAUCAUUGCCACCACAAACGCAGGUGUAAAAUUACCACCAGUUGAAUGUGUAAUUUGGGCAAUUGGUCGUGUACCAAAUACUGAUGAUUUGGGUAUUGACAAGGCUGGUAUUCAAUUGACAGAACAAAGUGGUUUCAUUAAAGUAGACGAAUUCCAAAAUACAAAUGUACCAGGUGUCCAUGCAGUUGGUGAUAUUUGUGGUAACUUUUUAUUAACACCAGUUGCAAUCGCUGCUGGUCGUCGUCUUUCUGAACGUCUUUUCAAUGGAAAAUCCGAUUUGAAAUUCGAAUAUGAAAAUGUUGCAACUGUUGUAUUCUCUCAUCCACCAAUUGGUACCGUUGGUUUAACCGAACAAGAAGCAAUCACCAAGUAUGGUACUGAAAAUAUCAAAUGUUACAAUACCUCAUUCAUCAAUAUGUUUUAUUCAGUUCAAGUUCAUAAAGUUAGAACCUCUAUGAAAUUGGUUUGUUUAGGUAAAGAGGAAAAAGUUAUUGGUUUACACAUUAUUGGUGAUGGUUGUGAUGAAAUUAUUCAAGGUUUUGCUGUUGCUGUUAAAAUGGGUUGUACAAAAUGGGAUUUGGAUAAUACUUGUGCAAUUCAUCCAACAUCUGCAGAAGAACUUGUAACAAUGGUUUAA